UCAGCAGCAGCAGCAGCAGCAGCAGGAGGAGAAGAAGGAGAAGGAGAAGGAGAAAGAGGAGAAGGAUGGCGCUGGGGCGGCGGUGAGAUGGCGGAGCCCGGCGAGCUGCGCCAGGAGGCGGUGGUGCGGUUCCUGCGGGAGCGGGGCGGGCGGGCGCGCAACGCGGAGCUGCUGGAGCAUUUCGGCGGCUGGCUCAGCCCCGCCGAGCCCGGCCGCCGCGCCGCCGCCCGGCAGCGCUUCAAGGAGCUGGUCAACGCCGUGGCCACCGUCCGCCCGGAGCCCGGCACCGGCGCCAAGUACGUGCACCUCCGCCGCCGCUUCUGCGAGCCGCAGCCCCCCGAGGGCGGCGCCGGGCGGCAGAGCCCGCCGCCCUCCCCGCGGGCAGCGGCGGGGGGCUCCCCGGGGGGCCGCAGGAGCCUGCGGGAGGCGCCGCGGGGCGGCUCGCCCCAGCUGAAGCGCGGCGCCCUGCCCGCCGCAGCCCGCGGCCGCGACUCGGACAGCGGCUCGGUGGCCUCGUCGUCGGCCGAGGAGGAGGGGAGCGCGGCGGGGUCCGUGGCGCUGGACCCGCUGGAGCACGCGUGGAUGCUGUCGGCCUCGGACGGGCGGUGGGAGAGCCUGGAGGGGCUGCUGAGCUGCGAGCCGGCGCUGUGCUGCAAGAGGGACUUCAUCACCGGCUUCACGGCGCUGCACUGGGCGGCCAAGCACGGGCGGCAGGAGCUGCUGGCCACCCUGGUCAACUUCGCCCAGAGGCACCGGCUGCCCGUGGACAUCAACGCCCGCACCAGCGGCGGGCACACGGCGCUGCACAUCGCCGCCAUGCACGGCCACACCGAGGUGGUGAAGCUCCUGGUGGGCGCCUACGACGCCGACGUGGACAUCCGCGACUACAGCGGGCGCAAGGCUGCGCAGUACCUGCAGCAGGGCACCUCCGGGGACAUGCGGAGCCUGGUGGGGGCACUGGACGAGGAGGAGGAAGAGGAGGAGGAAGGGGCUGCCGGCAACGGGAGCGGGCGCUGGAGGCUCUCCAAGGUGUUGCCCUCCAACCUCAUGAGCUACCGGCUCUCCCACCACCACCAUCACCACAGCGCCGGGGAGGAAGCCGAGGGCACCGACGGGGCAGCGGUGCCAGGCAAGGGCAAGGAGAUGACCAGGAAAGCCUCCGGCAGUGGGCGGAUGAAGCCCCGGCUUAAUAAGAUCCGCUUCAGGACUCAGAUCAUCCACAACACGCCCUCCUUCCGCGGUGACACCGAGGAGGAAGAGCACGAGGAGAAAUCCCUGAAAGCAUCGUUCAAGCUCAGGCCGAAGUCCAACGUCUUUGGAUAGGGCCGGGGAGCAGGAGGUCGGGGAGGUGGGUGCACGGACCAGCGCGCCCCGGGGUGUAGCGUGGAAGGGGAGGCAGCUGCAGGCGAGGGCUCCUCUGGACUCGUGUGCUCUGGGGAGAUGGGUCCCGAGCAUCUUGCUUUAACCCUCAGUGCGGCGGGCUGGCAGGGCUCGGGUGGCUGCCAAGGAGGCAGCUGCCUCGACUGGGCCCUUGGCGCUGAAACAAGGGGCAGUCGGAUGCGUUGAGAAACGCUGGGGUGUCUGAAAGCUGUGCUCCUUUCUCUCUAAAGGCAGACUUCUGGAUCAGAAACCUGUGUCUGUAAAUCUAGGAUUAGCGAGUUGACCGGGGGAAAGAAAAACACAAACGCUCUACUCUUAUCAGCUGGUACUAUAAACUCCUUACAACUUGCUGUGUGAGAACACCGCCUCAGUAAUACGCAAGUAUAUUUUAAGUUUCUUUUUGACAGCAAUACCACCUGGCACAGCACAGACUUGGAUACCUAAAGUGAGACCGUAGAUAAGUUUCCUGUCAGAAUCCAAGUUUCAGUCCAGCAAAGACCUGAGCCUGUGUUAACUUUGUGCGCUGAGAAUUGCCUGAUUUAACAUUAGGAAUAUCAAAGGAAAAAAAAAAUGACACUGCAAGCAAUGAACAAAGUUAACCAUGUGCUGAGGUCUCUGCUGCCUGAGGUACUACUGAACUUGCUCAUCACUGUUGUAAUACUGAUAGAAAAUAACAUGAGUGAAGAGUCUUUUAUAUAGUUGGUAUCUCAUGUUUUGUCUUAGGCAAAGCAGUUUUGUUUUAAUCACUGUGAAUUCUCAAGUGCCAGACCUAGUGCAGUUCCGUUUAUUCAGUCUGGUCAAGUCUUGUUAAUGUGUAACUGACUGCAUUUAAAAUCAGAAAAUUGUGUUGUAUGUGUUACAUGUGAAAGUCAUUCUCUUUUAGAAAAGAGCACAGACACCAUUGCAUGCAAUCUUACUGAAGCUGAUGUGGUCCCGUAAUGUAAUAGGUACAGGUCUGUGUUUGCUAGAAACUUAGGUGCCAAUCCCUUCAAUUUACUUUGUGGAAAAAUAGAAGGUAGGGAGAAAAAGGGGGAGAGGGGGUAUAAGGUGAAUAACCAAAACUCUGAAGCUUUAUCCCCACUUAUAAUGCUCAUUAAAAGCCAAAUAAUGACAUAUUUUAGUUAAGUGGCAGCAAUGGUGUUUGAGUUCUUUUAAACUUGUAUUUCUAGAGAAGUAAUAACUAAGGCUUUGAACAUCGUGUCUGUCUGCUAAAGCUUUCCGAAACCUUGAAUUUUGUUUCUCUGCUUUAAAGGUAGCAAUUCCAGUGAAAUCUAGGAGGCGCUCCUUAAGAAUGAGGUAUUGAGCUGACCCUGAAUCCUGAAUGCUGCUCAAGGUAGAAGUCACCUGUGCUUAGAUGUUAAGGUACUGCCAAUUUCAAGGCGAUGCUUGUCAGAGCAUGUUUCAGGUUGGCUUCCUCAGAAUGUUUGUGCGUGUCUGUCAGGUAACAAAUGGAAAGUAGGUAGACUUUGACUUGUUACAGUCCAAAUCUGAGACACUGAUUAAGUGCGUGCCACAAGCUCUAGAACACUUCACAGGGAAACUGCUGCUGGGAGUUGUGCACUUUCAAGGUAACAGCUGUCUGUAGCUGUUGCUGGUGGUUUACUUUAUUUUAGAGACAGAGGAAGGGAGUGGUAGCAAUUCAUCAGUUUCAGGCUUCCCAUGUACAUGGAUUACCAGUAUCUGCACUUUGUGUCAAAACCUAAUAAAUGACAGUAUUUGAUAGGCAUGCAAGCAACACUUAACUGUUUCUGGGAAAAGUUACAUGGAACAAAAACAGAAUCUGGAGAGGUGCUGGUCAUUACUUUCAUGCAAAAAGACUAAAAAUUAUACAGAGGUUCAGCUUUAGUUUAUAAAUUAUAGCUAUAAUAUAGGUUUCAUGUGCCUUCAUUUUCGGUUGGUUGCUACAAAUGUGAUUGAUAUAGUCAGUUUUGCAAAGCACUUGGUCUUUAUAUCCGUGGGACAGGACCAAAAAUUUUUCUGCAGCCCUUCCUGUUUAAGCUGUCAACUCAUACAACAAUUGGGUGUCUGAAAGGGGAAAAAUAAAUCAUAGGUAUUAUUCUUCAGAGCUAAUUCUUCUGUAACAGAGAGGAGAGUUAAACACUUAAAUUUUAAACUUCUUUCACUACAGAAGAUAAAUAGCUUUUUAGACUUCUGCAAAAAGGUUUUCAAUUGGACAUGAGUCCUCUUCAGUGUGGUGUUUCUGAAUUGAGCGCAUUCCAUUCAACUACUUCCAAAUCUUAUUAAGGUAACUUUCUGCUUUUAGAGUUUAUAAUUUUUUCAUGUGAACUGUUGGGUCAAGUGUUUAUCUCUUCAUAUGCAAAUAGCAAAGAAUUGCACAGAAUUACUGAGACUUAGAUAGCUGUUGGGGUUUGGGGAAAUGAGUCGAGGACUUCCACGCCUUGGGAUUUGGAAUAUAAACCCCUUUGGAUUUUAAAAGACUAACUGGAACGUAGUUUUAUCUUGCGUAAUGCAGUAGAACUUGGUAAUUACUAAGAGAAUUUGGCAAAUGGUAAAAAGACACAUCAUUGUAACUCAUUGUUCGAACUGUCAAAGUGAAACUGUUGGUCCACUCAUAUGGUCUCAUCAAUUAGUGAGACUUCACUUUAAUGGUCCAAAGGUCUUCACAAGGUGGGGUGCGAUAACACCAAGUCCAAACCCUAAAAAAAAUGGUACUGUUGGUGUUAGAGAUAUUUUUGACAAAUGGCUGUAUAACCACUAGUGUAUAUUUGCGCUAUGGGACUAAAGCACUUUGAUUUCACAUUAUGACUUGUCACAUUCCACACAGUUACUUUUUAUAACAUGAGCUAAAACUAAAGUUUUCAUUUGGACAUAGGAAAGACUUGAUGCCCCGUUUAAGAAUAUUUACAGUCUAAAGGUACUCUUUAGUCAAAUAUUUUUGGAUACACUGCCUAGAAAGAUGUGAAUUUGAAAUAAAGUUGUAUGGUACAGAAAACUGGAGCACUUACUGGUGUCUUUUUAAUAGUACACUUGAAGUUCCUGAAUGUGUUUGUUUACUUUCUGUGAUAGUGUGUAAGGCAGCAAGACUGUAAUGUAAACAGUUGAUAUCUUUUAUUGUAUCUUACGCUUGAAAUAUUUUAGAGGCCUGGAAGCCCGUCAGUUUUUAUUAAUACAGCUUUUUAUGGGUGUCUUUCUCAAUGGUUAUGAGUUAAGAAUCUGUAAAUUUUAGUUUUACUGAAAUAAAAAGAGCCCAUGAAUUGUUCAUGCUUGGAUCUGCUUUUGUAUGCUACGUACUUAGGGGCUGCUUGCGUGUUGGCUGGUAAAGAUAUGCAUUGUUUUGGAUUUUC